AUGGACGAAGAUCUGUCUAAAGUAAUUGGCGAUAAUGUUAAUAUGAGUUGGCGAAGGGCACCAAAUCUUAAAGACAAGCUGGAUCGUAAAUUAACAAAACAAGAGAGGCAACGGUUUAAGGAAGAGGCGGAGAUGCUGAAAGGCUUGCAGCACCCAAAUAUUGUCAGGUUUUAUGACUUCUGGGAAUCUUGUCUGAAGGGGAAGAAGUGCAUUGUUCUGGUUACAGAGCUUAUGACAUCAGGGACUCUGAAGACAUACUUGAAGAGAUUUAAAGUAAUGAAACCAAAGGUUUUGCGCAGUUGGUGUCGGCAGAUAUUGAAAGGGUUGCACUUUCUUCAUACGCGAACGCCACCAAUCAUCCAUCGAGACUUAAAAUGUGACAACAUCUUCAUUACUGGGCCAACUGGUUCUGUGAAAAUUGGAGAUCUUGGGCUGGCUACUCUGAAACGAGCUUCUUUUGCUAAAAGUGUAAUAGGUACUCCAGAGUUCAUGGCACCAGAAAUGUAUGAGGAACACUACGACGAGUCUGUGGACGUUUAUGCCUUUGGAAUGUGCAUGUUAGAAAUGGCUACCUCAGAAUACCCAUAUUCCGAAUGUCAGAAUGCUGCACAGAUAUAUCGGAAAGUGACCAGUGGGGUGAAACCAGCCAGCUUUGAGAAAGUGUCAGACCCUGAAAUCAAAGAGAUAAUUGGAGAGUGCAUCUGCAAGAACAAGGAGGAGAGGUAUGAAAUUAAAGACUUAUUAAGCCAUGCUUUCUUCGCUGAAGACACGGGGGUGAGAGUGGAACUUGCAGAGGAAGACCAUGGAAGAAAGUCCUCUAUUGCCUUAAGACUUUGGGUAGAAGAUGCUAAAAAGUUGAAAGGAAAACCCAAAGAUAAUGGAGCCAUCGAGUUUACUUUUGACCUAGAAAAGGAAACACCAGAAGAUGUUGCACUAGAAAUGGUUGAAUCUGGAUUCUUCCACGAGAACGAUGUGAAGAUUGUUGCAAAGUCAAUAAGGGAUCGAGUAGCAUUAAUCCAGUGGAGACGGGAGCGAAUUCGCCCAGAGGAUGGCAAGACCGAGGAGCUGGAGCAGACAAAUGUGCUGCAGACCCCCUUAGCACCGCUGGCCCAUUCGUCUCACAUAGGACAACAUAUUUUAAAUGACUCGGAGGAACUCGAAAAUGACCAGCAUUCAUUUUUGCCCAAACUGCCAGCCAGCAUGACAUCUGUAGCAUCUGAUAGCACAUUUGACAGCGGUCAGGGAUCCACCGUGUACUCUGAUUCACAGAGCAGUCAACAAAGUGUCAUUUAUUCCUCCCUGCAAGACUCUCUACCCCCGACGGUCCAGCGCAUCUACAGUCCACCCAUAAUCGAGGGCCAAGUGUUGCCACAGAGUCCUCAGCAUCAACUGGGGCAAUACCAGCAGACUGCAGCACAUGGGGUUUCUGGCGCCCCUACAAUGCAUUCUGGACUCACUCAACAUUAUUUCCAAGACCAAAAUACAUCCUACGCAGCUGUGCAGCCAUCCACUGUCCCAUCUGUCCAGUUUGGACACUCCCCACCUGUAUUAUCCAGCCAGCAGCCAGUUCAACACCAAGUUCUUCUACAGCAAAUCCCAGCCGGGCAGAUGGUGUGUCCUAUGCAACCUACCUCCCAUACUUACCAACAGUACCAGCCACCGCUCACUCCAGCACCACUGCAACCACUACAGAUCUCCACUGUACCACUGCAACAGCACCAGGUACCCACAUCACAGCUUCCUCCGUAUCCUCUCAUUCCAGCAGUUACUCCUCUUACAGGACUCGAGAGCCUCCCUGCCAAUCUCUCUGACUUACCUGCUGUCUGUAUCACCCCCCUGCCUGCUCCCUGUCAGUAUUUCCCUCCAGGUGUGGUUAUGUCCAACCUUCCCAUGAACCCUGCAGGGACAAAUAUCAACCCGCAGUUGGUGCUACCCUAUGAGGCCAAUCUUGUGCCAAAUAUCCAGGUGGCUUCUGUACCUUUAUUAGCAGUUGUGCCCCCUGGUGUGCCAGGAUUACCAACCCCACAGCCCCUUCCACAGCACCCCCUAACACAGGCGUACCAGGCCUCCUUGCAGCAGAUUAUUCAGAGUGAUGUUGCUUCUGUUCAUCACUCCCCAAGUGCUCAGCCAGUGUCACAGCAACCCCAUCCUCCUCUUCCUCAGUCACAUCAUCUGAGCAUAACCCAUCCUUCUGAUCAGACUACAUCUGGGGCUGGGAAGCAGGUCAUUGGUCCCUGCCAGUAUUCAGUGGACCUGGGAAACCCCGUAGCAGUGAUGCCUGUUGCAUCGAUGAUGUCACCACCUGUGCACUUCCCCUCUGAUAUCCCACCACCACUUCAAGGGCAGGAUCACCUUGCCCAACCGUCCUACCCACAUCCCAUGACCGAGGCAGCUGUGGCCAAAAACCUAAGUAUGGCCUACCUAGGGUCUGGACUUUCCCAUCCUCCUGAACCUUAUACCCUGACUCAAUGUCCAACCACACGGUCAGUCGCAGAAUCCAGUCAUGAGGAGCAGAUCAAUCAAGAGAAUCUGCCAAGCUCAAAUCAAAGCUGCGAUAAUUAUGUAGGGUCUGAUGCAGCAUCUGGUAAAGAAAUGAGUGAUGGAUAUGAGGGAAUCCAUGGCACCAGUAAACAAGAGGGCAAACCAGCAAAGAAACAUCACCGGAGGUCGUCCCGCACUCGCUCCCGCCAGGAAAAGACCAAUAGACCCAAACUGACAAUCCUCAAUGUUUGUAAUACCGGGGACAAGAUGGUCGAGUGUCAACUGGAAACGCACAACCAUAAAAUGGUGACUUUUAAAUUUGACUUGGAUGGCGACGCACCGGAGGAGAUUGCCACAUACAUGGUGGAAAAUGAAUUUAUACUGCAGACUGAGAGAGAGAUUUUCAUCGAACAGAUGAAAGAUGUUAUUGACAAGGCUGAGGAUAUGCUGAGUGAAGAGACAGAAGGGGAAAGAAGUUCUGAUCAAGGGGCAAGUCCUCAGCAAGAAGACUCCUUCAGGGUAGAAAUGAGGGAGGAAAAUCAACUCAACCCCGUAAAAACACCAGUUUAUCAGCAAAACGUUUUACAUACUGGAAAAAGGUGGUUUAUUAUAUGCCCAGUGAUGGAAAGCCCAAGUUCUCCAGAUGUAUUAUCAGUAACUGUAAAGGAACAGCCCAGCGAUUUUACAGAUGAACAGAUUUGUGAAGAUAGCCAGCUUAAGUGUUCCGUGGAAGAAGAAAAGUCCAUUUCGGCUGCAGGACAGUCCAUCUUAGCAGACAUCUGCGACCAGACAAUAGGAAUUCCUGCUUCCAUGACCUCCUCCACUAUAUCAUCCUCUGAUUUGCAAACUCUUCCAGAAUCACUUUCCUUCCUCCAAGGAGAUCCUGUUGGUCUUGGUGGUGCUUCUUCUGUUCUACAGCCAGUAAUAGAAGCACAACCUGACAGAUUAGGAUCUGAUGGACCUUUGCUGCAAGAGACUACAGCUGUACAUGUGUUACCACAACCAGAGCACAAGGCAUGCAUUUUACCGCUUGAUCAAACUUACCAUUUGAUAACCUCAAGUGAAGCCAUUCAGCCAGUACAUAUACCAUGUGAGAAUGGUCAAACCCAUGUUCCUCAGGUAAAUAUUUUGGAACUGCAGUCUGAACAGCAGGUGUUUUAUGAAUCAGACGUUGGUUCCCCUGUUGUCAUAAAGUUAGAUGCAUGCUCAACUGUUCAGGGUAUUCAAAAAAUAAAUCAACUAUCUGUUGUUCCUGAAGGAUCUCAGUCUGUCUCACAGGCGCAACCUUUAGGUUUACCAGGGGUGAACUCAAAUAUACAACAAUCGAACUUGGAGUCUGACGGGGAAGGUCCACCCAGAGUGGAGUUCGCGGAUGACACAAUUAAGACUUUAGAUGAGAAACUCCGUACUCUGUUAUAUCAGGAAUAUACUCCAUCUAAUCUGCCUGCUGGAACGCCUGAGGGUUCACUAACUUUAGAAAGUGCACUGGAAGCUAUCCACUUCCAGACCACAAACAACAUGAAUGCAGAACCUUUAAAUCUAUACAAAUCGCUAUCAGCUCCAGGGGAGAGAACUCUACUAACAGAGCUGGCUGAUGGCAUCAACAAUAAUGGUGUUUGCGAUUCAUUAAGCCAGAUGUCACAAAGAGGAGAUUCUGGAGAACAGUGCCUAAAAGAAGGAGGUUCCUUAGAUCGAUCUUCUCCCAAAAGGAGACCGCAUCAUGCUGACAGGUCUAAAACUAUUGGGAGGUUUUCCGUGAUGAGCACAGAAGAUGAUGUAACCGUUACUUCAAUAAGUUACCUGCGGUUUUCAGCACCACCAGAUGUCUAUCUUGACCAACUUCCAUCUAUCCCAGUCAAGACAUCAGUACCUCGAGCUCAUACGUCCUCACCAAUAAACUCUCUUUUCUGUGGACAUGUGUCCAGCGAUUCAGGUGAUGAAAUUCCUCCGUCAAAACCCAAAGAUGCCCCUCCAUCAACCCCAAGCAAAGGGGCUGCUAAUGACUUCAUGAAGAAAGCAGCGGCUUUCUUGCAUCGAAAGUCUUCCUAUAUGAGCAGUGAUAAUGACUCUGAGUUUGAAGAUGGCGACAUGAAGAAGGAAUUACAAAAUCUCAGAGAAAAGCAUAUGAAAGAAAUCUCAGAGCUGCAAGUACAGCAGAGGAAGGAGAUAGAGGCUCUUUAUGUUCGGCUGGGUAAACCGCUUCCCACCAAUGUGGGAUCCCUUCAUGCAGCGCCACCAAGUGGUCGCCGGCGGAGAAUCAGUAAAAAUAAACUGAAAAGUGGAAAGAUGCUCAAUCCUUUGGUACAGCAACUAAAAAAUGGAACAAGUAAUAUUUCUACAGAGUGUAAUGGAUCUCCUGCCAAGGAUCCAAUUAAAUCUCAUCCUGACUCAAAGACCCGAAUUCAAGGUUCCUGCACCCUGACAGCAUCUGCAGGUCGAGCAGUUCAGACACAGCAACCUUGCUCUGUGAAAGUCACUGUGUCAUCAGAUAAUAUCUGUUCUGGAGUUGUCCGGGAUGGUGUUGAUGUGCACGGCAACUGCGGACAAGGCUGGACGGUUUACCACCAAACGUCUGAGAGAGUGACCUAUAAGUCUAGUAGCAAACCUCGUACCCGAUUCCUCAGUGGACCUGUGUCUUUAUCUAUCUGGUCCACUCUGAAACGGCUUUGUCUAGGCAAAGAGCACAGCAGUAGAUCCUCAACAAGUAGCCUUGCAGUAGGCCCUGAUUCAUCUCCUAUGCCCCCACUGAUUGCGACACAAAUCCAAGCCCAGUCUAAUAAUAGCAACAAUAAAAAGGGAACGUUUACCGACGACCUUCACAAGCUCGUGGAUGAGUGGGCGAGUAAAACUGUGGGAGCGGUCCAAUUCAAGCCUUCGUUGAAUCAACUGAAGCAUUACCAGCAGCAGCUGGACCUAGAGCACAAGCCAGCAGCCACCCCCGGAGACCUGAUAGUGGCUAGUCAAGGAUCUGAUACAACAAAGAGCUUCAGCACUCCUUUGUCGUGUUCCGCCCCCGUGGGACUGAUGGCGUCCUCUAUCCCAGCAGCCCUUUCUGGGUCAACGCAGUCUGGUAUAUUACCACCUUACAUGAUGCCCCUUUGUCAGUCUGCAGGCGUUUUCCCAGCACCCCUGUAUGGCGCACAGUGGUCCGGAGCAACAGUGCCUGCAAUGUCAGGAAAUCAGCUGAUUGCCCACUCUGCAAGCAUGCAUCUGUUCCCCAUGUCUGUGCAGCUCCCAACUAUGAAGCAGUCUGGCUCCAAUAUGAGGAUAACGUAGCUUUCAUGCCUUUUCUCUGUCUGAAAGUCCAUAUUUUUAGAGUUUAAGCCUGUCCAUGCUUCGUGAUUUUAUUUUACAUCCCAGCAGUGCUGGGUAAGAGUUGUAUGAUAAGUAGCAGUUCUCUCCAGCACUGUAAGAUGGAUAAGGAGUAUGGUUUUACUGCCAGAGUCUGGGCCCGAGCCUCCCACAUCUGCACGCUGCCGUACUCUGCAUUCCAAAAUCUCUGUGAAAGUCUUGCGCAUAGUUCGCCAUCCCUACUGCUUGUGUUGCAUUCCUCUGUUUUAUCAUUUUGCACAUUCGAAAAUGUAAAGUUACUUGAACUUAACAAAAUAAUGGAGGUUUAGUGCCUUGAGACAUUAAUUUCCAGUUUACCUGGAAAAAUCUGUCACACGAAGAACAAAACAUUUUCCUUUUUAUUUUUAGCCGCACCGUUCUUAUAUUUAUUUUUCUGUUUAGUUUUUCUAUUUCCUUUAUAUAUAAAGCAUAACAUUAUAUAAUUGAUUUUUUAAUAGUUUUUGUUCUUCUGUGUGUUCUUAUUUAUACAGAAGGACCCCUCCCCAAAGUCCAGAAAAUAAGUUGCUUUUUUCUUUUUCUUUUUUUUCUUGCAUUUAAAAACCUUUGAUACAAACUGACUUUUUUUUUUUUUAAUCUACAAUACAAUAAACAUCCUGAUAUGUAUAAAAUAAAAUUUGUCUCCAGAUGCAGAUUAAGGUGUAUAGUUGUUGGAAAGAUGCAACUAAUACCUUUUGAGUUUUGUAUUUAUAUUCUGCUGCUUGUUCUUGAAAUUUAUUAUUUUGGUUAUUUUUGAAGCAGGUUUGAGGUUUAUGGCAAAUCACUUCUACAAGUUUUAUAUGGUCGAUUUACCACUUUAGGUUAGUAUUGAGCAAAGCCCAGCUUUCUAUUCCGCUUCUGAGUGGUUCUGUUAUUGUAGUAAUUGGAUCAUUUUUUAUCUUCAGGUUUUUCUGCAUAUUUGGUGAAUUUUGUCCAGUUGUGUUUUCACAUCAUAUUUCCCUUUUCUGUAACUUUUUGUUCGUAAUAGGAGUAGAUGGCUCAGAGAAACAAAAAGUUGGGUUUUCUUCAGGUUUCUAAAUGUUGCUUUUUUUUUUUUAUUCUUUAGUGACUCACAUUAAUCUGGAAUAAAAUGUAGAUGAUUACAGUAGUAGCUAGGAACCCUUACAAAAUAUGCACUUAAGUGUAUCCGUUCCCUACACCCAGUUGAAACAACAACUUUUUGGGGCUGAACCAGUUAUCAAGAGAGUGCAUCCUAUUAAGCUAAUGGAAAUGAUUGUCUUUAUACAAUAUGCCUCAAUACUACCACUUCCUAGACGUCAUUCUUGUGAUUAGUGGUCUGGAUCAGUAACAAAAGUUUACUUUUACUGUAAAUGUAAGGGACAGGUACACUUUAAACAGCACAUUUAUAGAGGGGCUGCCACAGAUACUGUUGUGUCUUCUUAAUUGAAUGUCUAGGUGAGACUUGCACAAACGUUACCGCAAAUUAAUUGUUAACGAUCUGUAGAAGGAGACCUUCAGGAUAUGUGUGAUAUACUUUGUACUAUGAUUAAUUUGCACUUUAUUCAUUUUUACACAGGCACAUCUUCUCAGUAUUACUGCACACCCAAGCUGAAGCUUUUAAAUCCCUUUUGUUGUAUUUAUGGGGCUGUCACGGUUCUCUUCUUUCCUGUUUGCUGGGCAAAUAGAGUUUGUUGCUGGGAAGGAAGAUGAAUACAAUUAUUAUGUUGCCAUUGUAAAUCACUUUCACACUCCCCUUUCACAAUACUUCCCUUUCAGUAGCCUGUUUCAGAUUGCUGAAUAACUGCGGAUACCCUGUGUCACAAUGAAGAAUCGAAUCAAUUAGAGAAAAAUCUCUGGGAUAUUUUUGUUUUUAUAUAGUCUAAAUGUCUUAUGGUUUGUCGCAAUUGAGGAUUGUGUUUCGGGUUCAUAACGUGUCUGGCAGCAGCAAUACUUCAGUGGACAGAUCCUCUACAGUUGCUGUACUGAAUUGACAGACUAAGAGCAGCUCACGUAUGUUAGCAUCUACGAGCAGCUUGCUCAGGGCAGUUGAGAAGAUGUAUUCCCUAUUCUGUUUACAGAUAGAACAGGGCUAGUGUCCGUCUGGAUUGCGUUGGUCAAGUCACUUCUGUACCACACAACAGGCUUCAUCUGUGUACAGUUCCCUUCUGGUUAACCGUGGUAGACUUCAUAUUGCUUGCUAGUUCUUGACCACCUCAAUUGUCUGAAUCUUUCGAUCCCGGGACAGGUAGUCAGCCGUUAUGCAGAAUUACACUUCUCUCUCAUGACGUGUGGAAUCCCUGCUAAAGGCAUGGAGGCCUCAUUCUGCCAAGCUGUGAAAUGUAUAUCUUGGAGUCUUUCAGCCAUUGUAAAUGUCUCCAUAUUGUUGGUAAUCCCUGACUGUAACUCAUCAAUUCUGUUGGAAUUGAAUUUUAUAUUGACCAUUCUGCAGGGCGAGGACUUUAAGAUGGGAAGAGAUUUCUGUUCUCUACUACAUCUUGAAUUUGUUUUUAGAUUCAUGUCUGUGCUUCAUGAGCAAACAUGGGAAGUACAUACUGCACUCUCUCUCCCUUUGCUUGCACUGAAUCUUACCUUCCAAGUCGCUCUUGGCUGAUUGUAUAAACUGCCCUCCCCUCCUGUAUGCUGACACAGUCAGUGGCACCAAUGCAUAAAUAUUGUAUAAUACAGAAUAAACAUUUUGUGCUUGAAAACCUGC